UCUGAGCGAUCUAUUUUUUCAAAUAUUUCCGUUACUACGCGGGCCCCACGCCUGUGACUCUGUGUACCUUUUCUCCUCCCUCUUCAGUUUGCGCUCUGCGCUCGGCCAAGCAACACGUGCGCGCAGUGAAAAGAAUCAGGUUCAGCAUGUCUCAACGUGAUCGAAAUAUCUGUAGAUGGUUAGAAGAGAGUGACUCAGAUGCUGAGGAUCAAAGGGACGAGCCGGAAUUGCCAAAUGAAGACUGCAGUGACGUAGAAGAUGUACCUUUAGACCACGUGAUUGAAAUUGAUGAUCAAUCUUCAGAUGACGAUGUUCCAUUGGCAAGAUACCGGAACUAUUUCGGAAAAAAUCGGUUCCGUUGGUCGAGCCAACCUCCAGUUUCGCGAUCGAGGACUUUGCAACACAACAUCAUUCAUCAACCUCCAGGAUUGAAAAGGAACUUCAGAGAUGUUUUGAACAGAAAUACAAAACCAUCCGAUAUUUGGCAGUUAUUUUUCAUUGAUGAUAUGUUAGAAGAAAUUGUUAAGUAUACAAACGAAAAAAUUAUCAAGAUAAGACCAAACUAUCAAAAUCAGACAUGUGUUCAUGACCUCGACGUAAUGGACACAGAUGGCACAGGAAGAGAGAUUUAUCGUUGUAUAAUGAGCAAGACCAGGUUUGAAAUACUGCUGAAUUGCCUUCGAUUUGAUGAUGCGAGCACCAGAGAUGAACGCCGUAGCACUGACAAAGCUGCACCUAUAUCUCAGCUGUUUGCGCUGGCCAAUGGCAGUGUUCUACAGAAUACUGGAUGUAUCUGCGGCAAAUUCAUACAUCAUCAGCAACAUGAACCAAGCUCAGAGAAAGGUGCCCAGACUGAAUUUCAUGAAACAACUGGCUAA